AUGCACGGAGUAGGUCUGCGGCAAAGGACAGACCCCUCUGUCUCCGGAGCAUGUGGAAAAGCUGAUUUAAGCACUGGAGGAAGCGAGGUCCAAAAAGAGAUAGACUUCAUAACUACAGGCGAGCACUUAGGCCCAGAACCUGUCUCUGCCAGACAGCCAGCUCUGCGACCCCACAUCCACAAGCAUCCCGAGAAGACCACCCGAGUCCGGACUGUCCUUAAUGAAAAACAGCUUCACACCUUGAGGACCUGCUACGCUGCAAACCCCAGACCCGACGCCCUCAUGAAAGAGCAACUGGUAGAAAUGACUGGCCUCAGCCCGAGGGUCAUCAGGGUUUGGUUUCAAAAUAAGCGGUGCAAGGACAAAAAAAGGAGCAUUAUGAUGAAGCAGCUUCAGCAACAGCAACCCAAUGACAAAAUUAAUAUCCAAGGGAUGACAGGAACUUCGAUGGUGGCUGCUAGUCCGGAGAGACGUGACAGUGGUUUACAGGUGAACCCGGUGGAGGUGCAGAGUUACCAGCCACCCUGGAAAGUACUGAGUGACUUCGCAUUGCAGAGUGACAUAGAUCAACCUGCUUUUCAGCAACUAGUAAGUAUUGGUUACCAGCUGGAGCAAACCAGCCUGUACCCGGGACAGAGCAACGCGGGAUUCCCUAG